AGUAUGCACCUGUUGUGUGCUGACCUGGGGAUGCACCCGUUUCGUACCCCUAGCACCCCCAGGAUACGGGGGCGGCAAACCGUAUCACAUGUCUGCAUUUGACCAAUCCCAACCCACUGUUCUUCGGUGACGUACACGGUUGCACCACCCUAGCGCGUCCGCGCACGUCACACGACCCCACGCAUACUGCGAUCGAAAUACGAGGGUGGGGAAACGCCAUUCCUCUUGGACUCUUUUGGACAGAUUUUAGUGUUAAAAAGUUAACUACUUCAUCAGAGAAGCUUUGAACUGACAUGAGAGAGAUUCUAGAGGUGACCCAGCAAUUUUGAGUUCUUUUACAAUCAUAUAAUCUGUGUUGUUUUAGGUGGUUUCUGGUAGUGUCGGGGUGACACUUCGUAUGCCAAAUAACUACAACACACAGUCACACACUGUACGCCAUACAAACUUGUGCAUACAGUAUACAGGACUCGGUAAAUGAUAUGUGAAUGCUGUGUGUGCAAACAAGCAAUCAUCUGAUUCUGAGCUGACUGAGUGCUAAACCAGUCAGACUGGAACCGAACAAGACAAUUACCAGAGCCAGCAUAAAGAGGAACCAGGACAAACUAGAUAUUAUGGCCGAAAGUCGACGCACGUCCAUGCCCCAGACCCUAAGUGAACUUCAGCUCUAUCGAGUCUUAGACCGGGCCAACCUCCUCCCUUACUAUGCCAACUUCAUCCUACAGGGUGGAGAUGAUGUCCAGCAGCUCUGUGAGGCCGGAGAGGAUGAGUUUUUAGAGAUCAUGUCUUUGGUCGGUAUGGGAAGCAAACCCCUCCAUGUUAGACGUCUGCAAAAGGCACUGCAGGAGUGGGUUGCAAAUCCAGCAGCUUUUCAGGAACCACUAGCAUCUCAGUCAACCCAUCCAGGUCAGAUGUCUGGUAUAGACGUCCCUCUAGCCGUCAACCUCCCAUCCCAUGGUCAUCACUCCUCAGGAAGAUGGCAGCAGGGGAACGCAUCCACAUCAUCCUCACCGGGUCAUCCUUCUACCACCAGUGCCACACCAAGUCGCAUUUCACCAGGAACCUCCCACCAGAUCUCUACCACCACCCCACCCAGCUUCCGUCCCAUUGGGAACCUGUCAUCCCCUUCCCCUGCCGUCUUCAACGCGGCCCCAAUCGCUCGCUCGGACAACCCGGCCCUGAGCAGGGAGAUCGUCGACAACAUCCGGGCUUCGGCGGAGAAUGUCAUUCAUUCGGAAGGACUGUCUCCAAUGCCUCUUAACAAGAAGGUCACGAGGGAAGUUGAGUACAUCCUUAGUAUGUCUCCAGAUCACCCAAGCAGGAUGGACGAGAUACGCAAGUGGUCAAGCAUCUAUGGCAGAUUUGACUCCAAGCGUAAGCUGGAAAAACCUCUCACAUUACAUGAAGUGACCGUCAAUGAAGCAGCCUCCCAGCUGUGCAAUGUUGAUCCUCAUCUGAUCUUACAGAGAGAGAAACUCUUUCCUCUAGCCAGACAAGUGGUCAGAGACAGUGGUUACCAGUAUAAACAUGGACAGUCAAGAUCAUCAAAAGGCAAGUCCAAGGGCGAAUCCAAAAGCAAGAGAGCAAAGAUUAACAAUGAUCCCGAUCUAAACCCAAACCCGCGGACAGUUCAUGCAGAGAUCAUGAAGAUCAGGAGAGAGGAGAGGUUGAACGAGAUCACAACGCUGUUGAGCACCAUCAAAACCCAACAGUACGACCUGAAGGCCAAGAUAUCCAUCGGCAAAGCAGAGGACAAUCUUCAGAAGGUCUACGAUCUACAGUUAGAGUUGGAGAAACUGACCACCCAGCAGCUGGCCUACAUGACAGAGCAGACAGACCUGAUCAAGAAACAGAAGCGAUCAGACAGGUAUUACGUUGCUAAAGCAAAAGCUGAAGGAAGGGAUGAAGAUGACGAAGAAGAGGAUAUUUUACAUGAAGGUUCAAACAACAUCUUGCAGGACGACCAACAACAGCAUCAGUCUCAGCAUCAACAACAACAACAGCAACAACACCAACAAACACAACAGCAACAGUCACAGCAGCAACAACAGUCACAGCAACAGCAACAGAUGCCUCCACAGCAUAUGACCUCACAACCAGGACAACAACAUCCUGGUCGUAGGUCAAAGUGCUCCUCGCCACAUGUUGAUCAAGGAGAGCAACACAGCACUGACAACACCAACAACCAACAACAAAGACAACAACAGCAGCAACAGCAACAACAACAGCACUACAACUCUGCAUCAAGGACUGAUGAUAACGACGCACAAACGGAAUCCUGCGGACACAUGCAAAGACAGAUGAGCAGUGGUCAGUCAGUUGGCCAACAAGGUAGGAGGGGUAAGAAUCAGCAUAGUGGUCAUUCUGGUGGUCACUUGGGUAGUCAGACCAGGGGAUCCGGUCAGCAACAUCAACAGCAACAAGGGAAUGGGGAGCAACACUACAACAACCCUACCACCAAUCCAAACAACACUCUAUCCAGCAAUCAGUACAACCACAUCUCUACUACCGACCAGCAACAUCCAGGUCCUGAUGAUGUCGUCCACACUGGUCUGCCAAAGAGGGCGGCAUUCAAGGCCCAACGCCAGAUGAUGCAGCACCUGUUAAUGGAUGAGGGGAUAAGAUUAGCACAGACGUUUGGAGGCUACCAUCAACCGCCGGUGACCUUAGUACCAAAUAUGCCUCAGAGUAGUCACUUCCAUCAUGGUGUUGUUGAACAACGUCAAGCAGUUAGCUCACCAUCACAGCCUAUGAGAGUCAUGCAACAUUAGCUUGUAUGAUUUUCAUUGACCUUCUCCUGCUCAACUUGCCAUGAUAUUGAGGCUCUACACAUCGGACCAGCAGGAAAUCAGAUGGAACUUUGUGCUAGCGAGAAAGACUGUAUGAUUUUUCUUCACCUGUGGUUUAUGCAUGUGCCAAAGUAAUGUGCCGUUAGUGACAAUCAUAUCAAAAUGUUGUUCAUCUACCAAAAACGAAUAGAAACGAUAGCUGCUUUGAAAUUGUUCUUACAUCUUCAAAUUGUAUUGUACUAUAUUCAACCUUGAAGAUGGUUGUGAAUUUAGAAUUGGAGUGUCUCUCUGCAUGAAGUUGUUGCCUUCCAAGUCUAAUAUAAAAUAUGAAUGUUCAUGUUCUUUAUCUAUGACAGGGGAAUUGUAUUAGAGAAUACAUAAUAGCAAUCUGUCAUCACUUAAAGGAUGAUAAAUUGGUUAAGCAUAGUCACAUCACUUUAUGAGUGAAAAUACUCUCAUUUACUAGUAUUUCUUUCAAUAAUAUAUAUGUAAAACAUACAAAUAUCAUAUAUUUGAACAUCAAUAUACAAAAAAAUCAUAAAACAUUUAGAUAAUGAGAUUUUAAUAAAAUGAAAGAAAAAUGUGUCCCAAAAAGCCUCAAAGGCUUGAAAACAGGGAAACCAAGAAUAAAACAAGAAUAAUUAUAGGAAUUGAUUCGCUAAUAUAGCAGAGUAUAGGAAUAUGUCGCCAUAACAGUAACAAUCAUAAACAAAGCUAGAGACGUGUAAAGAAAGGUAGAACACUAGAGUUAGAUUGCGAUGAUCGGCAGUCACUUGGUCAGCUUUCUUUUCUAGUCUGAAGAUUAGAUAAACUGAAGCCAGGCUGUGAUCUGAGACUCGUCUUUUUAGAGGGAUAGUUCACCCUGGUGGGAAGUGGUUUAAUAACAGCAGAAAAACAAAAGAAACAUAUUGGUUAAAAAAUUUGUGAAAAUUCAUCAAAUAUUAACAGACUUGAUGGAUUUUCAAGGUUUGGUUUUGUGAUGUCACAUACAAGCAUCUCCCCCAUUGGUCAUAUUAAGGUAUAUAUAUGCAGUAAAAUAUAAUUUUUCCCAAGAAAAUUGAGAAGAAUUUAUUUGUGUUUUCAUUAUAUCAACAGAGAUCAGACACUUCAUUUCACACCUACUUCUAUAAGAAAGUAUUUUCAGUCAUCCUGAACUAUUAGAGCAUGUGUCAGUUGAACUUUGUCAAAGUCAAACAUAUUUCUAUGGUCUCCAGAGAUUUGACUUCAGCUGGCUCAGCUGAAAUCAAAUGGACAUUUCCACCCUAACUUCCAUGUUUUGACUCAUUAUAUUGAACCUUUUAUUGUGAGUUGUUGGUCGUGUUGAUAUGGAGAAUUUUGUAUUGUAAAUUCAAUUUAAAUGAUUGUAGUUUUAUAUAAGAACGAUAUGUCCCCAGCAAUAAACUGAAAUUUUACCAGUUUGUACAAAAUAGCCUUUAAAACAAAGAAUUACAUAAAAGUUCAGGUAUUAUCUUCAUAUGAAGAUUUCUGAUAUACAUGAUGUUAUCUGUUGUAGUUUGACGGGUUGUUUGGUGGUAUGGAUAACCCUGGAAAGGGUUUAUGGUACAUCAUGUGAUGAGUCCUAGAUGGACUAAGAAAAGUCAACAGAGAUAGAGGUGAAAUGGAGAGACAAGAAAGUGGAAAGUAGAGUAUUCUUUUCUGAGAUGAGUGUAGUUCUUGAAAGGACUGUAAACCAGAAAAGAUGAGAGGCUGGAGGGGUUGGAGGGAUGAGAGAAAUCUCCUCUCCUGUUCUACAACAGUGUAUAUUUUUAGACAUUUUCACUCCAGAAAGAGCUAUAAUGCACUCUCAAAAGAUGUAAAUCCCACUUCAAAUGAGUGCUUUCUCGUUUCAUUUCAAGAGUAGUGUGAUUAGGGACCUGGGGGUGUUUGACAAAGAUUUAAGUACGACUUGGUGUCGCACUUAAAUUCCGAGUUGCGUACGGUAUGAAAGUCUUGACCGCAUUGGUCAGAUCGUGUCAUGAGGACGCGCACUAUUACGUAUCUAUCAAUGAGAUCGCGCGUUGCAUAUCAUGUACGCGUCAGCAUUUAAGUGCGACUUAAGUCAUACUUAAAUCUUUGUGAAACACCCCCCAGAUUAGCUCUUUUGAAUUUAGAGUGUAUAAUCCCCGAUUCAAGCCAGCACUCUCCCAUCUCUCCAACUACUUGCGCCUCUCACCUAUCUGGUUUACAGUCCUUUUAAUGACUACACUCUCAUCUCUCCAUUUCACCUUUACCUAUAUUCACUUCCUUAGUCCAUCUAGAACUCACCACAUGGCUUGCUGUAAAUAGAGCUGCCAAUUAGUUACCCUAUUUAGAAGAGACACUAAAUAGAAAACUUCCUUUGGAAAUAGGAUUUUUAAAACUUGUAAAAAUUAUUAUUUUUUAUAUGUUUUUCAAAAUUUUUAAGAAAAAUUAUAUUUUAGGCUGGAAAAUAGGAUGAAAAGAAAUAGAGAAUAAGUUUUUUCCACAAUUACGGUUGGCAGCUCUGCAUAAACGUCUGCCGAGGUUAGGAUGCUAUCUGUAAACCAUUUGAUAGGAUUCUACAUAUGUAAUUUAAAAGAUCAGUUAUAAAAUCAACAGUCACUAUGGGUUGGAAUAAUGUAUUGUUUCCAAAUGAAAAUUAUUGGAGUAACACCAACUGCUAUAUAUUACGAAAACUAUGACCUCCAUCAUAAAAUUGUUUCCAUGAUCAAGUUGUUUUUUGCUAGAUGGGAGAAAAUUUAACUCUUAACAAAGAACUUUGCUAUACUUGUCUACUCAGAUCCAAGGUGGACGGAAAUUAUCAAUGCAAAACAUGGUUAGAAUGAUGGAAAAUGAAUGGUUUAUGAAUAAAUCGUAUUUGAUCUCAUGGAAUCAUGAAUAUCUAUAUACUCAUUCUUGUAUUACUGGAGCAAUUAUUGCUUGUUCAGUUAGAUACUUCUUUCUGUUUAAUUGCAAUGAAAAACUUGCGUCAAAUUACUAAAAAAUCAUAUACCUGACUUUGAAUCAUCUUUAGAGGUGAUGUGAUAGUGUGAAAAACACUGUGAUAUCAUUAUUUUAGGUAAAUGGUGUGCUGUGUUGACUUUUACCAGUGUUGUAAGCGUCAUAUCAUUCCAAAUAACUUAAACUGAUUUAUCAAUUUUGUUUCUUCAAAGUUUUAUAAAGUUAGUUGCAUUUUUUUAAAUUCCGAAACAUUUUUACGACAUAAGCAUAGACAGUGUUGUGUUAUCUGUAUAUAUUGAUACUUUUCUAUGAGAGUUGAAUGUAUUUGUGCCUUUGAAAUUGUUAAAGAAUGUCUCGAGACUACCUUUUAAAAUUUAUUGAGUGUACAGCAAAACUAAGUGAUGUGUCCUCUUGUAUUUUUUGUUUGUUCAAACUUGUUUGAGGGACCUUGUUAUGUCAUGUGAAGCAUGAUGCAUUUCGUGAAAAGAAGAUUUGAAUACUUCAAUUGAGCAUUUUAUUGUAUUUCAGACUCUGCAGUUAUGAUUUUUGCUGUAUAAAUGAUGUGAAGUAGAGAAAGAAUAUAUUCCUGAUUUAUCUCAUUUGCCAUGCUAAAAUAAACUGAUGCAUCAUAUACAACCCAAA